AUGGCUCUUGAGCGUGUCCGAGCCAAUCAGACCGGUACUGGUACCCCAUUUGGCCCAACCUUACUCAAAGAUAUGGGUUUCACCAAAGAGACUGCUUCUCUCUUGAAUGCUCCCUUCGGCGCAUUGCAACUCCUCACAAUUUGGCUUGGUUCUUACUUGACACAACGGUUCAAACAGAAAGGAAUCAUUCUCGCCGGGAUGAUGACACCGGUUCUUCUCGGGGUGGCCUUGCUUUAUCAAGCCAAUAUUGGGCCUGUUCGCCAACUCCAUCUGGCGCUUGGUGGAUAUUACUGUCUUUCGUUCAUUUGGAGUGGUAACCCUAUUAUUGUCAGCUGGAUGGUCGCGAACACCGCCGGCCAGACCAAGAAAAGUGCUAUAUUAUCCGUAUUCAAUGGUUUCAAUGCGAUAGGCAGUAUCGCAGGACCUCUCAUGUUCAAUGCUCGAGACUCUCCACGAUAUAUUCCUGGACCAAGAGCAACUCUUGGCGUAUUCUCAGCGUUGAUGGGCUGUAUCGCAUUGUGCUUUGUUGUGCUUUUGUUCCUUAACAAGCAACGGGAGAGACAGCGGGUUGCUUCUGGCAAACCUGCAAAGAUCAGGGACACAUCCAUGAUGAACAAACACGAAGCGUACGCUUUGAAAGAUCUGACCGAUUUCAAGAACAACGAGUUUACUUAUGUAUACUAG